AGAGAGAGAGAGAGAGAGAGAGAGAGAGAGAGAGAGAGUUGGCGCAGGCGCAGGCGCAGUUUGUACUACCGCUACGACCUCUGUCUUCGGCAGUCCCCGGCUACUGCUAAAUUCGCACAAACCGGUUAACUAAAUAAUCCCAAAUCUACAAUGUUCGCCUGUGCGAAGUUCGUCUCCACGCCUGUCCUAGUGCGUUCAGGGUCCCGGGCUCUGUAUAGACCAGUGUCUGCCGCUGUACUGUCUAGGCCAGAGGUCAAAACAGAGGCUACUGCUGCUGUCCUGCCCCAGUCUCCACUCACACAGGUGUGUCUACGAGGCUUCCAGACCAGCGCAGUGAGCAAGGACAUUGACACUGCCGCCAAGUUUAUCGGAGCAGGAGCUGCCACAGUCGGAGUGGCUGGAUCUGGUGCUGGAAUUGGGACUGUGUUUGGUAGUCUUAUCAUCGGAUAUGCCAGGAAUCCCUCUCUGAAGCAACAGCUUUUCUCAUAUGCUAUUCUGGGAUUUGCUCUGUCUGAAGCCAUGGGGCUCUUCUGUUUGAUGGUCGCUUUCCUCAUUCUGUUCGCCAUGUAAAAAUUUGCUAUCAGUUGGAACAUAUACUGUAGUGAGUUAUGACCACUGUUAUCAGAAGUAUCUGCUCUUAAUGUUUAAAAAAAAGUACAUUUUGAAGUCCCCUGUCAAAAUGGUAAUGUAUUAUAAAAAUGUAAUCAAUUACAAAAUUAAAAUGUAUUUCAACUGUUUAGAGGACAAUUGUAAUUUUUGUAUCCUGGGAAUUGUGGUCCUGCCUGCUGAGACAAGCUCAGAUGGUGCUCACCAGAAUGUCAUCCUUGAAGAUUUCUUGCAAAACUUUGAGCUUGAUGGCACUUUCUGUAUUUCACAAUUGGCAACGUGUUUGUUUUGGGUUCACUCACUUUCAGGAACUUCAGUACUGAUAGAUGGUAAAAUAUAAGUAGGUUGCAGGUGUUUAAAGUCAAACAUUUGCUUUUUGUAAAUUGCAUUGAAUAAACAUAGAUCCAUUUCCUGGA